AUGUUUCUCUUUUUCAUUCUCUUUAUUGGAUGUCUUUUCAAAACAAUAUUUGCGUCUUUACGCAUUCCAUAUACUGGUCUCAUUAUAUUAAUUGGCUUUAUAGGUGGUAUUCUUUUUAAUAUUUUUACUAAAGAUGAUACAUUUCUUACUAUAACAACGGCAUCACCUGAUCUACUUGUCGGCAUCUUUCUGCCUGCAUUAGUUUUCGAAUCAGCAUAUCGUACUGAGUAUCAUGCAUUCAUGAAAUCACUCUAUUCCAUUCUACUUUUCUCAAUUGUUGGUUACUUGAUAUCAUUAUUUAGUAUUUCUACAUUGAACAAAUGUUUAUUUCUUUUCCAACAAUGGACUUUUCUUCAAUGCUUAAUGCUGGGUAUUAUUCUGAGUAUUACUAGACCUAUAACACUUAUGCGUCAAACAGGUUUAUCGUUGUUUUUUAUAGAUUAUGGAAAAACGAAACGAUUGAGUAUUAUUCUUGAAGGCGAAGCAAUAAUCAAUAACAGUCUAGCAAUUAUCUUAUUUAAUGCCCUCAAAAGUUUUGUUGUUAAUGAUCAGUUGUGGCAUACAAUCAAAUUUUUUAAAACAACAGCUAUAGCUUUAGUAGGUGGUAUUGGUUUUGGUGGCAUAGCUGGUCUCUUGGAAAUUAUCUGUUUACCUCAUUUUUAUGAUGAUCCAAUUAGUGAAGUUACCAUAACUACUGCUAUUCCUUAUAUGCUCUAUUGGUUAUGUAAGUGA